AUGAAGAACGUGGACUACAAGAUCCUGUUUGUGUCUCUCUGUGUUUUCCACCUUUCUGUUCACUGUGAAGGACGACCUCUGAGGAAGCGGACGGUGAGCGAAGUCCAGCUGAUGCACAACCUCGGGGAGCACAAGCAGGUCCAGGAGCGCCGUGAUUGGCUGCAGAUGAGGCUCCGCGGGAUCCACACGGCGACGGCGGCGGCGGCGGGUCGGGACGGCAGCGGGGAGGCGGCGGGUCGGAGGAGGAGGCGGCUGCGUCCUGAGGAUCUGCCCGAGCUGAGCGACCUGACGUCGGAGGAGAUCCAACACGCCCUGAACUUCCUGGAGAAGCUCCUCAAGUCGAAGCCGUCCUGAUUUAAUUCCCACCAACGAUUCCAACGUUUAGUUUUAUUUUUUACUGAAUUUUAUCCUACUUUCUAUUUUUCUAUUUCCAGAUUUCCGUACGUGUCCGUCUUUUAUCAGCGGAUGUUUUUACUUUAUUUAAUUUUAUUUAUGACGUUGCUAUUUAUGAAACGAUGAGGCCAAGCUUCCCUGUUGUGCACUUUAAUGGAACAGGUGGUGUUUCAUUAAGCCACUGACCUCUGACCUGAGUGACAAAAGAGAGAUGGACCAACUCUAUUUUUUAAAUUAUUAUUAUUUGACAAUGUCCUAAUCAAAGGGCGAUCCUUUUUAGCUAGUUUAAUGCAUUUUCCUAAUUUAUUUUUUGCAUUGUAGAUUUACUCUGUAGUUAUUUUACUUGGACU